UGGCGCUCACGUGUGGGUGUAUGAAAGGGUGCAAAACGCCAGUAUAAAAGCCUUGGGGUGCAGCCUGUGCUUACAGGUAGCCUGUCUCCUCUUCCUCCUCAGCAACCAUGAAGUUACUUCUGCUGGCCUCCCUCCUCGUCGUCUGUGUCACGUACACAGCGGCGGAAGUCGUCUGUUACUACAGCUCUUGGGCUGUCUACAGACCCGGCAAAGGGAAAUUCGAAGUAGAAGACAUCGAUGCAACCCUUUGCACCCACCUCAUCUACGCCUUCGCCGGGCUUCAGGAGAGCGGCGAGAUCAUGGUGUUUGAUCCUUACAACGACCUCUGUGAGGACUAUGGCAUGUGCGGCUAUGACAGGUUCACUGCUCUGAAGAAAGUGAGGCCAGGACUGAAGACCUCUUUGGGUGUUGGAGGAUGGAACGAAGGAUCCACCAAAUAUUCUAAUAUGGCAGCCAGCGCAGCAAAGAGGAAGAUCUUCAUCGACUCUUCUAUCAAGCUCCUGAAGGACCACGGCUUCGAUGGUCUGGAUAUGGACUGGGAAUAUCCAACACAGAGAGGUGGAAGCCCCGAUGACUAUGUCAACUACGUAACGCUCCUGACUGAACUCAGGGAAGCCCUGCACGCCGAAGGAAUGAUCCUGACAGCAGCCGUGUCGGCGGGUAAACCCACCAUCGACGCAGCCUACAACGUGCCAGCCGUGUCUGAACAGCUUGACCUCAUCAACCUGAUGACCUACGAUCUGCACGGCGACUGGGAACCCUACACUCAUCACCAGUCCUGUCUCUACCCCCACCCUGACGAUACUGGAGACACACUCACUCUCAAUGUGGAUUUCGCCGUCCACUACUGGCUUGAGAAGGGAGCACCCAAGAACAAGUUGGUUAUGGGCAUCCCAUUGUAUGGCCGCACCUGGUCCCUCGACGAUCCAUCCCAAACUGGAUUUUACGCUCCAGCCAGCCAGCCUGGACAGGGUGGACCAUACACUGAGGAACCCGGAUACAUGGGAUACAAUGAGAUCUGCGAAUCCCAAACAAAGAGCCCAGCAGCUUGGACUAUUGUCCACGACCCAGCCAUGAACGAGCCCUACGCCUUCAACCUCCACAAGAGCAAUCUCUGGACCUCUUAUGAGGAUGCAGAUUCUGUCGCCAUCAAGGCCAAUUAUGCCAAGGACCUGGGCAUCGCUGGAUGUAUGGUAUGGAGCAUCGACACUGAUGAUUUCAAGGACGUUUGCGGUGCAGGCGCCUACCCACUCAUGCAACAGAUCCACGCUGUCUUCCCAAACUGGUUUCUUUGGUCGGUGCGUGUGGGUGGAGCAAGGCUUUAUAAGACUUUUGCAGCUCUGUGGCUCCCAGGGUUUCUCUCCUUACGCUUCGCCAUGAAGUUGCUCCUACUGCUGUCGCUGUUAGCUGUCUCCCUCUCCUAUAUUGAGGGGACAGUUGUCUGCUACUACAGCUCCUGGGCUGUAUACAGACCAGGCAAGGGUAUCUUCGAAGUAGAGGACAUCGAUGCGUCACUUUGUACCCACCUCAUCUACGCCUUCGCCGGUCUCAAGAGCAGUGGCAAGAUCAUGGUCUUUGACCCCUACAACGAUCUGUGCGAAGACUACGGCAUGUGUGGAUACAACCGUUUUACUGGGCUGAAGAAGACUCACCCCAAUAUCAAGACUACCUUGGGAGUUGGAGGCUGGAACGAAGGAUCCACAAAAUAUUCCAAUAUGGCAGCUGAUCCCGCCAAGAGGCAGACCUUCAUCUCCUCCACUCUCGCUCUCCUGAAGGAGCACAACUUCGAUGGUCUGGAUAUGGACUGGGAAUAUCCAACGCAGAGAGGUGGAAGCCCAGAUGAUUAUGUCAACUACGUAACGCUCCUGACUGAACUCAGGGAAGCCCUGCACGCCGAAGGAAUGAUCCUGACAGCAGCCGUGUCGGCGGGUAAACCCACCAUCGACGCAGCCUACAACGUGCCAGCCGUGUCUGAACAGCUUGACCUCAUCAACCUGAUGACCUACGAUCUGCACGGCGACUGGGAACCCUACACUCAUCACCAGUCCUGUCUCUACCCCCACCCUGACGAUACUGGAGACACACUCACUCUCAAUGUGGACUUCGCCGUGACUUACUGGCUGGAGAAAGGAGCCCCUAAGGACAAACUGGUCAUGGGCAUUCCACUGUACGGACGUACCUGGACGCUUGACCAUCCCGAACAACACGAUUUCUAUGCCCCUGCGAGCCGACCGGGAAUUCGUGGACCUUAUACGGAAGAGCCUGGAUAUCUGGGAUACAACGAGAUUUGUGAGUCCCAGACGACGAGUCCAGGGGACUGGACUAUCGUCCAUGAUCCAGCUAUGAACGAACCUUACGCUUACAACCUGAAGCAGAGCAACCUCUGGACGUCCUAUGAAGACGCGGAUUCCGCUGGAAUUAAGGCACAAUACGCCCUUGACAAGGGCAUAGCUGGAUGCAUGGUAUGGAGUAUCGAUACAGAUGAUUACCGAGGCAUUUGCGAAGGAACUACAUACCCAAUUCUCACCAGGAUCAACGACGUCCUGAGUGGAGGCAUUUACACAAAACCAACACGACCUCCCACCACUACUAGGGACCCCUCUGUCACUACACCAGCUCCAGGGGAGCACUGCAGUGUUCCCGGUCCUAACCCCGAUGCCAACGAUUGCACGCACUACUACCUUUGUACCCAGCUAAGCGAAGGUUGGGAUGAAUUCGAGGAGAAGUGUUCGGACGGGACACUUUUCAACCCAGUGGCCAAAUUCUGCGACUGGAAGGAUUCUGUCUGCGGUCUGGUCCCCGCCGUUUGCCCCAACGACUGCGCCUAAUCAUCAAGGAAGCAUGUCGUCAUCUUAGAUAUUUAAAUAAACUACGUCUCGAUCUUUGAUUUCACUGAAUGGUGGUCUUGUAACAACAGAGCAAUCCAGUGACGCUGUUAUGUCAAUAAACGUUUAUCCUUGAUUAUUAGAUUUUGCGUUAUUGUUUGCCGAUUCCAAGUUAUACAUGGUUCUAAUGUUUGCGGUAAUUUUUUAUACUUAUUGAUUUUUUUUUUUUUUUUGCUAAACUGUUUCAGCCAUGAAAAGGAAUAUAAAUAAAUAAUUUUUCGCUGCUU